CGAAGCGUCGCCCACUGUUGUGCCGUGGCCCUGUUUCUCCCGCAACCUCCGGCGCCACGUCCGCUAUUUGUUUCUCCCAAAUCUCAAAACGGUAAAAUGGGAAGGUACUGUGCCCGCUUUAUGAACUACAGUAAGAGAAGCAGAGAGAGGAGAGCCCUCCUAUUAUCCAAAGGGCAAAGCUAUGGUUUUUGUUUGGCUUUUACCAUUCUGCAACCCGACGAUGCGCUCCGCGCUGGCAUACUAAAGCUAAAGAAGAUUCCCCCUCUUCUCCCCCCCUUUCUCUCCCCUUCCCCAUUCCAGCCCUCCUACCACCCUAAAAACCCUAGAUCUCUCAUCACGCAUGUGAUGUGAUUGUUCUGGAGCCCAUCCGUUCUCACGGUCGCCGUAACUCCCAAAGCGGGUUCCUUUUCUGGUUUUUCCGAUGGGCUGCGGUGGUUCGAAGCUCGAGGAGCUGAAUGCAGUUGCUCUUUGCCGCGACCGAUCCGAACUUCUCGCCGAAGCUAUUCGCCACCGCUAUGCUCUCGCGGACGCGCACGCGGAGUACGCCGACUCGCUCUGUUCCUUCGGCGUCGCACUUCAUCGGAUGCUCGACGUUGGAGCCCACUUGCAGGGAUCGCCUGUCCUUUCGCUUCCAGCGCAGCGAAAGGGCGAUCCUCUCCUUCGGCGGCGGCGGCGGCGGCUGCGGCUGCAGUUCACUCCCACUCCCGAUCUCAGUCUGGCUCACACAUUCAUUUCCAUUCUUCCGAUGAGUCCGACUCGGACGGCGACUCUCUUCAACACUCCGAUGCAAUCCGCCUCCUACCUCCGUUUCUUUCGAGCAGCGCGUGCAAAGUCCUGA